AUGACUGAAUUACGUGCAGCGAUAAUCAUAGCGCUGAUCACAGCACUAAUAAUCAGUGUUGGCGGUGAACAAGACCAUCGCGUACAUGCUCGACAUGCUCAUGGUGGCCAUCAUCGUGAUCCUGAUCAUCCAAGACCAUGUACAAACGAUCCAACGAACACUUUCCUUCCUCUUUGUCAAACUUCUACAACUCAAACUAGCACUGAAACUGAGACUCCCGACAGCUCAGAAGAAAUAGUUGCAUCAACAAGUACUGAUACAAGUGAUACAACGACAACAUCAGACCCAACACCACUUGAACAUGCUCACUGGUGUCGUCUUAGCAAUGGUACCUAUCUUCCAUACGGCUACACAUUCAUGAAUAGUAUUUGCACCAUGUGCAAAUGUCUGUCAUCACGUGCAGUCCGUUGUGAACCACUUCAAUGUCUACCAACAUAUUGCGUUGACAACACGAUGCCGUAUCGCAAAGAUGGUCAAUGCUGUGCUCAAUGCAGCUAUGAAGUUGCACGAAAUUCAUGUCUUUACGAUGGUUUUACUUACCCGCAUGGCGUCGUAAUCAAAAGCGUUGAGAGAAAAAUGCAAUGCUGGUGUCAAUUAGGCAACAUCGAGUGUCGUACUUUCAUUGGUUCACUUAGCGACAGCUUGGAUUUGUUAAGCGAUGAACGAGUUAUCUAUAUCAUUGUCAUGGUUUUAGCCAUUGUCUUAAUUUUCGGCCUUUUGGUUUGUAUCAGUUGCACAGCUUUCAUCUAUUAUUACUACCAACGUUAUCAACAUACGUUUCAAGAAGCAUACAAUCAGUAUAUGAAUUCAGCUGGCUGGCAACCAAUGAACGAAGAGGAACCAACCGAAGGUGAAGUCAUUGAUGACGAGAAAAAGUUCGAAGCUGAACAAGGAUACUUUACACCGACCUUUGGUCAAGAUAUGGUCCCACCACCAUAUGCUGCUCACAGUGAUUCACCUGUUUAUAAAGAAAAAACACAAGAAAUGUAA